AUGGCAGCUGCGGCGCGCACAUAUCUGGCUUUCCACCACAAUGCCAAGCUCUUUCGCCUAAAGACAGCGAUUGUCUCGACGCGGCCGUUUUCGGCCCUCGAGGAAGCCAAUCGGCAACUUUUCAAGGACGGCAGCGACGAGGACCACGUGGUCGUCACCGCCGAGACAAUCUUCCACCCGCAAGGCGGCGGCCAGCCCUCGGACCAGGGCACCAUGGGUGCGACGGCAGCGACCAAUGGCGACGCCUCGUCCACGCCUCCGUUUGAGGUCCGGGCUGUUCGGAUGGACGUCGUCAACGACGGCCAGGUGCUGCACCUCGGCCGCUUCGCCUCGACCGCCGCCGCCGCCAGCCUCCAGCAGCCCGGCACGGCCGUCGAGCAGGCCAUUGACGUCGAAAAGCGCGUCUACUACUCGCGCCUACACACGGCCGGCCACGUCCUCGGCGCCGCCGUCCGCCACCUGGUCAUGGACAGAGUCGAGGGCUUCGACGAGCUCAAGGCCUCGCACUUUCCAGAUAGCGCCGGCUGCGAGUUCCGCGGCGUCAUCGAGGGCGCCUGGAAGCCCGAAAUACAGAAAAAGGUCGACGAGUACGUCGCCGCGGCCAUGCCCGUCGAGAUUGACUUUUGGGACGCCGACGAGUUUCGCCGCGAGGGCCUCGAGCGCCUCAUACCGGACAGCAGUUUCCUGGCGCCCGGCGAGACCAAGUUCCGCGUCGUCAAGAUUGUGGGUGCCGAGGUGUAUCCCUGCGGCGGCACGCACGUCGACACGACGGAUCUGUGCGGCGAGACAACGGUUCGCAAGAUUGCGCGAAGCAAGGGCAUCAGCCGCGUGAGCUACGCCGUCAAGCCUUGA